CCAUCCAAGACAGCGGGUGGCAGUAUGAUAGUCACCCAUGUGAACGGAAGAGGAUGUUUGACCGCCGCAUCGAUACACUUCCUCUUCAGAUCAUCUUCUGACAAGGAGAAGCUUCCACACCGCUGCAGAUAAACAUGCCUGGGGUCCUGAGGACUGUCGCGGCCCGUGCCGCUCCUACCCUGCGAGCAGCCGUUGGGACUCAGCGGGCCAGUCUUUACACCAGACCGGCCAAGGACAAGCUCGGUCCCGUGGAAACCGCCAUUGGACUGGGGAUGUUUUCUCUGGCUAUCCUGGGACCAUCUGGCUGGAUUCUUGCUCACCUUGAGGACUACAAAAAGAAAGAAUAAAAUGGACAUUUUAGCUGUCUUACCUGGUCUGUCCAGCUUGCUGUCAUAGUCACUCCAGUAAUAACCUGGGACCAUCACUACCAAAUUCCCUGGAAUAGAAGAAAAAUUGUGGAACAAGGUUUUUAACCCUUCACUGUCGUACUGCUACCUCUCUGACAGUUUACUCUCCUCCACCCAGAUGUCAGUUUUAAAGAAAGAUUUGCUUAACAAUUGAUGGUGCUACAUCAAUUGAAUAUUGUAUUGGACAUCUUCCCUCAUAAGGAGUAUGUUACACUGAUAUUAAAUCUUACUUAAAUACAACA